AUGUCAUUUUUUAUCAGAAAUCGAUCCAAUCAUGGUAAUGAUACAAACAUUAAAAAUAAGUUGAAACGAAAGUUAGCUGUACCAAAGUUAUCAAAACGAAAGGCAAAAUUUGUAAAUGAGGAUAUUUCUUCCGAUGAGGAAGAUUUAUUGUACGAUAAUGAUGGCAAAUUUGUUGAUAACGAAAGUGAGGAGGAAAGAUAUGAAGACGUACAGGAGGUAGCAUAUCGGAAAGCAAAACAGCUUUUGGAUGAUCUUCAGGCUGAACAGCAGAAUGAAGAAGGCGAAUCAUAUGAUAAUGAAGUAAUUACCCAUCGUUUGCGAGAUGAUGCUUUAUCGAAAGUUGCAACUUUACAUCGAAAAGUUGCAGAGGAAGUACGAUUAAGUGGUACGGCGAUACAGUAUAAAGCUCAUAGGUACUCAACCGUUGCAGUUGUCAUAUCACAUGAUGGUAGAUAUGUGGUGAGUUGCUCAAAAGAUGCAACAGUAGCCAAAUAUGAUUUAGAAGAAGGAAAGAUAGUAGCUUCUAUAAAAUACGUGAAAGGAAAUUGCACGUUUCAUCGUGGUCAAAUAUUUUGCCUUGCAAUCUCAGCUAACGAUCGAUAUCUUGUAACUGGUGGUAGUGAUGCUAUUAUACGAGUUUGGAAUUUCAGCAAUUUGCAACAUGUUAAAAAUCUUACCGGACAUAUGAAUGCAAUAACCGGAUUAGUAUUUCGAUUAAAUACUCAGCAAUUAUACAGCUGCUCCAAGGAUCGAUAUGUGAAAUUAUGGGAUUUGGAACAACUAGGAUACGUAGAUACGCUAUUUGGUCACGUUGAUGCAGUAGUAGAUAUUGACGCUUUAUCAAGGGAACGUUUGAUAACUGCAGGUUCUCAGGAUCGUACGGUGAGAUUAUGGAAGGUACCUGAAGAUAGUCAUUUGAUAUUUAACGGUUAUGCAAGUUGCUUUAGCAUUGACUGCUUGGCACUUAUCAAUGAAGAUCAUUUUGUGUCCGGUUCAGCUGAUGGAAGUUUAUGUAUUUGGUCAAUAUUUAAGAAAAAACCGGUUUGUACAGAAUUGGAAGCACAUGGUCGUGGUGCUGACAAUCAGGCAAACUGGAUAGUGUCCGUUGCAGCACGACGAUACACAGAUCUUAUUGCAUCGGGUUCAUGUGAUGGAUUUGUUCGUUUGUGGAAAGUUGCGGAUGAUUAUAAAUCAAUAACAAAUAUUUUAUCUUAUGAACAAAGCGGUUUUAUAAAUCGGUUGAGGUUUUCUGAUGAUGGUGAAGAAGUGGCAUGUGCAGUCGGUCAGGAACAUAAAUUUGGAAGAUGGUGGAAAAUUGCUGAAGCUAAAAAUGUUAUUACAGUUUUUUCACUUACAUAUGAUACUAAAGAAUAG